AUGCGAAUUUAUGUAACACCAGGAAGACAGCGUAAUCUCUAUAUGUACAGCUCAAACGUUAAGCCACAUCGGGCCAAUCUGCUUCUGCAGAUAAUGUUGCAGAGCAACGUCUACACCUCGAUUUUAUGGACCGUUAGCUAUCUGGGCUAUUUGCUUUUGAACCUACAUGAUCUAUGGAACUAUGAAGGACUUGCAACGUUUUUGGCCUUUGUCCUUGCCGGUUGCUCUGAGGCGGCGCGCCUUUAUGCCGGCUACACGGUUAACCUGUGCGACGGGAUUGCGUCCAUGUGGCUAUUGCUGACGCUGACGCCGUUUGUGCUGCUACCUUCGCUUCUCUAUCUGCGCCUUGUUUCGCGCACCCAGACCCUAUUCCUUCAGUAUAUGUCGGAUGUGCUAUUCGUGCUCAUUGGGCUGGAGGCACUGGUUGUGCUGCUACGUUAUGCCUGCUUGCGAAGUAAGAAACGCCAGGAAUCGUUGAAAAAUCCUGUAUUCCCGUCUACACCAUCCCCAAACCGCGUUCCUCAUCGGGCGGCACAUCCACGCCCGACGCGUCCCCUACGGACUAAUAAGUCGUGGUGAUUAUUGCUGCUGACUAUAAGAAAAUGUGUUUACUACUGGCCUCCUCAGGCUAUUGAGUUAUGUGUGCAAGCGGAUGCUUGCAGAUAAUGUCUUAGACUUAAGUACAGUACAAUACAUAAAAUAAAAUUUAAAAAAGCUAA